AUGAAGCUCGGCAUCUCAUCUCCCGCUAUCCUCCUGCUGCUACCUGUCAUCACGGCCGCACUCGCAGACCCAACUUCAAAUAAUGAAAACAUCAAGGAGUAUGCCGCCGUGGAGCGUGUCUCCUCUGGGUCCAACGUAGUUGUUCCAGAUCUCGACGAACUCAACCCCAAGGCAUCUCCGAAAGGGACGCAGGACGCCCCCGUUGACGGCAGAGAUGGCAAACCCCACGCUGGCCCGUGGGUAGAAACAAAUGCGGAACGGGACCGCAAGAAAUCAGGCACGGUUCCGUCAGUGGAGGAACAACCCGGACGAGACACCAAGUCCGCAGACCACCGGGAUUCUGAUGGGCAUCCCAUCCCCUAUUCCAAUGACGGUGUGAUGGACGACCGUAGCAGGGCAGCCCCGAAAGAAGGUACUCGAGGAACAGAAAAUGGCGUGUCUGGAAAACCCAACGGCAACGCCUAUACCACGGACAAAUCUCCGGAUAGUCCGAAGGAGGCGCCUCCACUACCCCACAGUGAAGAACAGAAGCUCCCCACGACGGGAGACGAUAGUGGCACAAAGGACACAAAGGGCUCUAGCACCGACUCGACUCUGGGUGUUCUCGAGAAACCCGCAGAUUUACCGAAUAAACCGCACGAUAUUCCGCUUCCCAAAUCACCUACUACUAGCAAAGAUAGUCCGGUCGGCCUCGAUAAAGAAAGCCUCUCGGCGAGCGUUGGUGAUGGACUUCCAGAGGGGGAGAGCGACGCAUUCCAUUCACUCCUCUUUUCUUUUACCAUGAUCAUUGUCUCGGAGAUCGGUGACAAGACAUUUCUUGUGGCCGCUCUUAUGGCGAUGAGACAUCCGCGACUUCUAGUUUUCUCUGCAGCAUUCUCUGCGCUGAUUGCCAUGACCGUUCUGUCCGCCGUUCUUGGACACGCUGUUCCCUCGUUGAUCCCCAAGACCUACACAAAGUUUCUGGCAGCGGUGUUGUUCUUCAUUUUCGGUGCAAAGAUGCUGAAAGAAGGCCGAGAAAUGUCACCUGACGAAGGAGUGGGCGAGGAGAUGAGGGAAGUCGAAAUGGAGUUGGAAGAGAAAGAACACGAGCAACUACGAGUGAAUCGCCGACGUUCCUCUGUAACGCCUCAUGUGUUAGAGUCUGGACGCCUGGGCCGUAAACCCCGCUCAUCCGCGAACCGUCUUCCCUCACCGCCGGAGAGUCUAUCGUCCUCUUCUUCUCGCGAAUCGUCACCUAGCCCUAGUCGACGUUGGAAUGACCUUCUCUUGGGCAUGAACAACUUGUUCUCUCUUCUUCUCAGCCCCGCAUGGGUGCAAACAUUUGUCAUGACCUUCCUUGGCGAAUGGGGAGACCGCAGCCAAAUCGCAACCAUUGCGAUGGCUGCGGGACAGGAUUAUGGGUUUGUCACUGUCGGUGCAAUCGCUGGGCAUGGUAUUUGCACAGCUGCAGCAGUCAUUGGAGGUAGUGCUAUUGCUGGUAAGGUCAGCUUGCGUGUUGUGACGCUUGGUGGUGCCGUGGCCUUCUUGGUUUUCGGUGCUAUUUAUUUGCUGGAAGCCUUUUUCGAAGGCUGA